AUGUCUCCCAAGUCUACUCAUGUUGAUAGUGCCUUUCUAGGCAUGGGUGGUUACCACUCUAACCCAUAUCGUGAUAAUCCUGUUAUUUCUGAGGCCCCGUUGAGCCCUGCUGCUGCGUGGCCUGCACCGUUGUCUCCCUGUCUUCUCGCUGAGCCCACUCCUGUCAUGAACAUCAAGCCUGUCACCAGCGCUGAGACUAUGGAAGCCAAUUAUGCUCAUGAAUUUGCUCCCCAAGGCAUUCCAUCUGCAUAUCCUGCGUCCUCAACUGCAUUUCAACAGGACAGCGUUGGCUAUUCUCAUGUCCCAACCACCACUGCAUCUCUCAUGUAUCCUGUCAACUCGGCUUGGACCACUCAGUCAUAUUGGGCAACAGCUGAAGGUGCUACUGCCGGUGCUGCUAGCCUUGUUCCCAGUUCUGUCAGUGGCCUUGCCUCCCCUUCUGUCGACGUGGUUCCUGUAAACGGUACUCCGGUCACUUCAGACGACCAUUCUGUUCACUAUCCAGUUGGCACGUACCAUACCUUUGCACAAAGCUACCAGCAUGCCCAACCUUUUGCUUAUGUCGCUGCUACUUAUGACUCUACUUAUGGCUCUGUUACUUAUGGUCUUACCACAAACCAAGGUAUGACGGGACCUCAGAUUGGGGCUCCUCAGCAGUUCAUGUCCGCUGACGAGGUUACAACCAUUUUUCCGGCACCUGUUUCAUACGUGGUACCUUCGUCCAUCGAGCCUGCUUCAGCCAUGCCUGACCCAGGUACUCCUUCAGGCAGGGGGGCUGCAACCCUGGAAGCUUCAGGGGUUAUGCCACCCACACCUGAUUGCUCAUUGACUCACCACCAUAUCCCUGAAUCCGCAAUGGUUCCUCCAGGAGCUCCGGUGAGGCCUGGCGCUUAUCGUCGUCGUGACAAGCGAUACCGCUACGUUACAUUUGCUCAAAAUCCAGGGGCUCAGGGUAUGGGAGGACACUAUGUUGUAAUGACAUCUACCGUCCCAGUCCCAUAUGACCAGGGAUCCCCGGCCAGCGACACCGACACCGACACCGACACUUCGACCGACGAGUCCGAUUCUUGGCGUUUUUCCAGCUCGUUCACUACUCCUUUGUCACCGGCUCAGCGUGACAGGCAGAGAGUCUUGGAUACCAUCCCACCCCUCAAACUGCGAGAAAUGCGAAAAAUCCCAAUCCCAACACCAGGCGACAACGUUGCUAGAGACCGUUACAUUGUCAUGGGAAAGAGCUUGAAACUGUCGUAUGGGCAGAUUCGCGCGAUUGCAGGCUGGACUGCCGCUGAGUCGACUCUUCGUGGUCGUUUCCGUAAUUGCACCAAGGAAAAGCAUGAGCGUGUGCGCAAACCAGAAUGGACCUUGAUAGAUAUCGUCCUUCUCCAGCAAGGUGUCUUGGAGCAAGCCACCACACUUCUAAAUAACACGGCGCCUCGUCGCAAACCCAACGGAGAAAUCUACCGCCAUGAGCCUGGCAAGGUGUACACUGUCUCAACCCUCCCUUUGGGUAUUGAGAAAGAUAUCUCCUGGAAGGGUGUUGGUGAAUUCAUUAUCAACCACGGUGGAACCUAUCGCUUCGGCGCUAUGACCACCAAGAAGAAGUGGUUCGCGGUGACUGGUCGCGCCCAACAGGUCUGAUUUCUCU